AAUUGGCACAGUAUACCGGGCAUCUUGCGAGCGAUUAAAUCAAAGUGUUUAUAAUAAGUAAUCAAAAUAAAGGACUAAUAAGAGUAGUGAUAUAAAAUAGAUUUUACAAAAAUAAAACAAACAUACCAAAAAAAAAUAAUAUGGAAAAUAUUUCAUCAGUUGCCGUUUUGUGUUUAGCGAUGUUCGCUACUACAGUCCUAGCCCAUCCAGGAUAUGCUGUGGAUUAUUAUGAUCAUCCAAAAUACGCUUUCAAUUAUGGUGUAGCUGAUCACACAACUGGUGAUAUCAAAUCACAGCAUGAAACUCGUGAUGGUGAAGUUGUCAAAGGUCAAUACUCAUUAGUUGAACCUGAUGGUUCAAUUCGUACCGUUGACUACACAGCUGAUCCAAUCAAUGGUUUCAAUGCUGUUGUCUCCAAGUCAGGACCUUCAGUACAUGCACAUGCUGUUGUUGCCAAGCCUGUGAUACACAAACCAAUUGUCAAACAUAUUCAACAACCUAUUGUUCUUGCUUCACCAGCACCUUAUGUUGUGUCAAAGUCCCAUUAUGCACCACAACAGCCUAUUCACUACGACUAUGACAAUUAUGCCGAUGGACAAUACUACGAUGAUGGUUAUAAUGGACACUAUGAAAGUCAAUAUGGACACUAUGAUCAUUAUUAAGUAAAGUGAUUAUGAUGUAUAUUUAAGAAGAACAAUUAAUGAUCUUUUGCUUAAAAUCCAACAACAAGAACAACCAACAAUCAACAACAACAAAUAACUUAACCAAAAUGUGCAAAUAUUUGUCUCUGAUUUUUUUUUCUACAAUAUUUUAUAUUUAUUUGUAAAAUAUUUGUAAUUGUAAAUAGUUUUUUUUUUGUAUGCUUUUUAUAAAUAUCAACUCAAUCAACCAACUUACAUAAUUUCACACACACACACAUCUCUAUGUUUUUUGUUUCUUUUUAAGUUUUCUUAGAAAAUAAGUUUUGUUUUUUCAAAUCCUUUUUGUGUUCGAUUUUUUGUAGAGUUUCUCAUUGUGACUGACAUUAAUGACAUAUAUUAUUGCAAAGAAUAUAAUUAUUAUUUUUUAUUGUAAAACGAAAAAAAAAAAAAUUAUAAAUUAUUUACUUUUGUUGCGAGUCUUUGACAACGAUUUUAUGCAAAGUUACCAUGGUAAUGUUAUAGGAAAUAAACGAAGAAAG